AAUAGAUACUCUGCUUGACGCUCUUUGCUACAGUCCCGCGAUUAUCGUUUUCCGAGAAAGGCUUACUGAUCCAUUUGCUGGAGCACUCAACCUCGGAAUCGUGCUUGAAAAGCUGAGCACAUCAAGUGAUUGUGGGUCGCUGAGCAAGGACCAGGAUCGUUGCAGCAAAGCUCCCCGCGAAGUGUCUGUGUCACGGGAGCUUUGCAGAAGGCUGAGACUGGGUCUUUUCAACCAUUCUCGGUCGAAUUGCAUGACCGAAACUUCCAAUUUCUUUUCGGGAGCUUGAUCUCUCGCCUUUGAGGUCAAGGGCGUUCCUGUCGACGACCGGCUUUUUGCCUCCGCCACCAUGUCGCUUGCGGAGAGAGUUAGUGUGAUGGAGGAGUAUGAGUCGUUGCUGCGAGACAGGUCGCCGGCCGGCAGCCAGAGGCGGAAAAUGAGCUUCAACCCGAUUGAUGGGUGGACGCCGCCAACUCUACUUGACGAACCUAUUGGGGCCUUCGAGGUACCAAAGGUGAAGCGUAUAGGCCAGGUGGCUGCUGCCGUCUUAUACUGUUUAUUUGCCGCCGGUAUAAUCUUCGGUUACGCUGCGAUCAAACCUGUCCUCAUACGUGAGGGCGUGUACCGAGAUCGUUGUACAGAAAAGGAGCUGGAGGAUAAUGUGCGAGUCUGUUACCUUCAAGAGAUCCACUUGAACUUCAUGUUCACCGUUGCUGCCGUUUCUACAAACGUAGUCGCCCUCCCCGUCGGAACGAUUCUGGACAGAUAUGGGCCGCGUGUGUGUGGUAUCAUUGGGGCCGUCUGCAUCGCCGUUGGCUGCCUCCUCUUCGCAUUCGCAUGGAAUUUGAGAGACUAUGGGUUUGAUGGAUACAUCCCGGGGUACUUCUUUCUAGCGCUGGGCGGACCGUUUGUCUUCAUUUCCUCGUUCCAAUUGAGCAACACGUUCCCAAAGUACUCUGGUCUGAUCCUGGCCCUGCUCACUGGGGCUUUUGAUACGUCCAGCGCCAUCUUCCUUUUCUACCGGCUGAUCUACCAAGCCACGAACGGCACGUUCUGGCCAAAGAAGUUUUUCCUAACCUACCUUCUCGUGCCCGCCUUGAUCUUGACGGCACAGAUAUUCUUAAUGCCCAAGACGUCCUACAAGACGGUCGGCGAACUGGUCGUGCAGGCUGAAGAGGAGGGUGAAGAUCAUCCAUCGGACGACGAGAUUGAAGAUGUAGACGUGCGGACGCGACUACAGGCUGCCCGACGAGAGCGCCGAGAAAGUGUCAUGUCGGAGAUCACGGAACUGCUGGGUUCCAAGAAGGGGCAGAAGCAAAUCAAGAAGGAAGAGCAGAAGAAGAACAUCAGUGGUGUGUGGGGCGCGCUCCAUGGCAAGAGCGCUGGCGAACAAAUCCGCUCGGCCUGGUUCAUUCUCAUCACGCUCUUCACGGUCAUACAGAUGACAAGAAUUAACUAUUUCGUGGCAACCAUUAGGCCGCAGUACGAGUUCUUGUUGCACAGCUAUGAGAAGGCGGUCGUAGUGAACAAUUUCUUCGACAUCGCUCUACCUCUGGGCGGUGUUCUUGCUGUGCCUUUCAUUGGUUUGAUCUUGGACAACUUCAGCACGGCCUUUGUCUUGGGUAUGCUCGUCACCGUGGCCACCAUCAUCGGCAUCUUUGGUAUGUUGCCAUACGAGUGGGCGGCUUAUGUCAACAUCUGCUUGUUCGUCGUGUAUCGACCUUUCUACUACACCACAGUCUCUGACUACUCGGCAAAAGUGUUCGGCUUUGCCACGUUCGGAAAGGUUUACGGUCUUAUCAUUUGCCUUGCUGGGCUGUUCAACUUCUCUCAGUCUGCUUUGGAUGCGCUGACGCACGGCGUAUUUGCGAACGACCCAAGACCCGUCAAUUUCAUGCUGCUCCUCAUCGCAGUGGGCGUAGGCUCUGGACUUGUGGGUUUUGUGUACAAGAAGAGCGUUAGCUCUGCAAAGGCGGAUCUGCGCGCCGAAGCUGAGGGGGCGGAGGAGAGGCUCAUGCCCGGAGCUGGGAAUGGCUUUGGCAACGACGAAGUCCACAGACAGGAUUACGGAACUUUAUGAAGUGUGAUGGGACACACGGCGCCGGGAUACGGCCGAGGUCGUUUUGUUGUUGCAUUUUUGCUUGUCUAGGCAUGAAGAGGGCAUCAAUGUAGAUGGUCUUUGAGAACGUGCUAUAAGCGUCCGUUCUGUCUGGCGCUCAUGAUGCGGCGUUGGGAGGCUUCAUUGCUGUUCGGUGUGCAUAGAAAGAAUUCACUUGCUUCUCCGGCGUCCAUCACUAA